AUGUCUUUGCCAAAUGGCAUCCUGCCUGAGCAGCGGGCUCGAAUAGAAGCCAAUAGACAGAAGGCUUUGGAGCGCCUCAAGCAGAGAAGAGGUGGAUCGCAACCAUCGAAAGCUUCAGAACCACCCAAAACGGGACCGCCACAAAAAGUGAUUCCUCCUCUACCGAGAACAGAGCUUACUCCCGAACAAAAGAAACGAAUCCAGGAAAACCGAGAGCGUGCGCUUGCCAUUCAGAAGGAAAGACAGAAGCAGCAUCGUGAUGCCACUGGAGAUAACGACAUCAGUCUGAUUCCAACAGAGCAGAUCAAGAAGAAGGCAAGGCUUGAGUCGCAGUACCAGCCACCGGCGAUCCAAAAGAAGGACUAUAUUGAGUUCGAUUUUUCUACGAUGAAGGACAGUCGAGGCGGUUUCCUAGAUGAUGAGGAGAAGCAUGGUCUCAAGGGCGUGGAAGAGGAGCCUGAGUCACUCCAGCAAUGGAAGGAGAGACAGAAAAAAGAGCAUUUGGUGAGGGACUUGGCUCCUCCAUUGGACUUGGAGAACGCACCGAAAUGCUUCGAAUGUGGUUCCUUGGAAAUUGAUCCGAACUUGUUCACCAACUUCCGCGAGGUCCGAGUGUGCCGCCGCUGUCAAAAAGAGAAGCAAGAUAAAUACUCGAUGUUGACAAAAACGGAGUGCAAAGAAGACUACUUGUUGACAGAUCCCGAGCUUCAAGACGUUGCGCUUCUUCCUAGAGUCGAGAAGCCAAACCCACACGGAUUCCUGCGAAUGCAGCUUUUCUUGAGAUUUCAAGUUGAAGAAUUUGCGUGGAAGAAGUGGGGUCUGGCUGAGGGCUUGGACAAGGAAUGGGAGAGAAGGGAGGCUGUUCGCUUGCAACGACGUGAAAAACGGUACCAGGACAAGCUCAAGGAAAUGAGGAAAAAAACGAGAGCCGAGGAAUAUACCAGGAAGCUCCGAAAUGGUAUGUCGCUUGGAGAAAGGCAUGAGCAUAGCUGGCUGGAGCCUAUUUCCGCUGGUGGAAACGUUGUGAGGCGUCGUUGCACGGAUUGUGGCAUCGAGACGGAGGAAGUCAUGAUCUAG